GUAAACCCCCGCGUUGUUCCCUGCGUUUAACUUAGGAGGGAUCGAAGAAGCCGGUUGGAUCCAGUAUGGAUAAGAACAUGCUAGCAGGACUCGAGGGUCUUCCUGAGGAAGAUAAGGUCCGAAUGGCCUCCAUGAUCGAUCAUCUCCAGAUGCGCGACAGUCUUAGGAUGUAUAAUUCACUUGUGGAGAGAUGCUUCAAUGACUGCGUGGAUAACUUUACACGCAAAACUCUACAGAAGCAAGAGGAAACCUGUGUCCAGCGUUGUGCUGAGAAGUUCUUAAAGCACUCUAUACGUGUAGGCAUGAGGUUCGCCGAGCUCAAUGCUCAAGCAGCAACACAAGAUUAAAAGCACAAAUGCACCAUCGAACCAACCUGGAUGGGAUUCAGAUUUUGGUUUUUGCUUUUGUUUACUAAAGAUCUUUCAUUGACAUUUCAGGUUUGAUGCCUGUGUAAUCUUUUAAUUUAAGCCUAAUGAAUUAGAUUUCCAACAAAAUUGUUUGUCUAUCUGUAAGUUAACUUGAGAAGUUGUCCAAGUAGCCUUGAUUAUUUGCAAGGGACGAAGAAAAUUUGAUAAUAGAGCUAAAACUUUUGU